UCAUGAUUCUUCCUUUUUAUAGUCCAAUCCAUUGAUUUCUUCCUUCGGAAUCAUUAUUGUUGUUUGUCGUCAUAAAUCAUUAAUGCGGAUGGCGGUUGGGAGGUUGAGAUUCGAGAGAUUAAUGUUAAUGAUUGCUGUUGUUUUGUCGAUGUUGUUUAGCGAGGUUGUCGGAAUUAGGUUUGUGAUCGACAGAGAAGAGUGUCUGUCGCACAACGUUGAAUACGAAGGCGACACAGUUCAUGUGUCGUUCGUUGUUAUUAAGGCAGAAACGGUGUGGCAUUUUACACAAGACGGUGUUGAUCUUGUGAUAAGAGGCCCGGGAGAUGAACUCAUACACGAACUUCAUGAGAAAACUAGUGAGAAAUACGAGUUUAUGGCUCAAAAGAAAGGCAUAUACCGGUUUUGCUUUACAAACAGAUCUCCGUAUCAUGAAACCAUAGACUUCGAUGUUCAAGUCGCGCAUUUCGUGUACUUCGAUCAACAUGCCAAGGACGAGCAUUUCAAUCCGUUGUUUGAACAAAUAUCGAAAUUAGAGGAAGCUCUCUACAACAUUCAGUUCGAGCAGCAUUGGUUAGAAGCGGAAACCGACCGGCAGGCAGUAGUAAACGAAGGAAUGAGUCAAAGAGCACUUCACAAGGCGAUAAUUGAAUCCGCGGCGCUGGUCGGUGCUAGCAUUCUUCAGGUUUAUCUUCUUCAACGUCUGUUUGAGCGCAAGCUCGGGACUUCAAGAGUUUAAGAUGGUUACAUGCCGUUAUUUCACAAGUAACGGUAUUCCACUUUACGGCUUUGUAUGAGCAUAUACUUCUCCAGUCCAAAAUAAAUGUCUUUAAUAAAAACACACAGUUUAAGAGAUCAGUAAUUAUUACACUUUUUAAUUGAUUGGAUGACAAUUUUACCCUUGAUGUUUGAGACAUUUUUUAAGGGUAGAGUUGGAAAUUUAGUAAAUUAUAACUACCCUUUUUAUGAAAAUGAACAUUUAUUUUAGAACAAACUUUAACUAGAACAUAUGGACAUUUAUUUUGGGACAGAAGGAGUAGGUCUUUUUUUUCU